AUGACAGUGACAUUGAUCAGUACUCAAUUUGUGACAAUAACACUAGUAACUACUCAAGAAGUAGGAUCAACUAAUACAGGAGCUGUUGAUGGUGCUAGUAUUGGAUUGGUUGCAGUGAUUGGAUUAUUAUUAAUAUCACUAGUUGUUAGUAUCAUUAUUCACAUCUACUGCUUUAUCAAGCAUAAAACCUAUGAUACAACCACUGCUAAGCAAACAAAGCUUGAUGAUGAUAUACCAAUGCAAGCCUGUGAACCAUAUGGUAUUCACAAGACUAAACAUGUUACAAAAGAGGCAGUAUAUGAGUGUCCUGAUGUCAAUGUUAAUGAUACUGCUAUUAAUGAAACAUAACUUAUGAAACAGUAAAAA